AUGGAACCAAAUGUUGGUGAUAAGGAUCUUGUUGAAGAGUCAAAAGAGGGAAUGUCAUUUUCCUCAGUUGAGAAAGUAAGGGCAUACUAUACUAAGUAUGCAAAACAAGUUGGUUUCGGAGUGACAAAGCGAAGUUCCAAAGUCGGAGAUAAUGGAAAAGUAAGAUAUUUCACCCUUGCUUGUGUCCGUCAAGGCACUUCUACGAGCACAUCGUCGAAUAUUCUUAAACCGAGACCGAUGGAACACAAUGGAUGUAAAGCAAAGAUCAAUGCGAUAUUGGAUUCUGAAGGUGAAUUUUGCUUGACCCAUGUUGUCCUUGAGCACACUCAUGCUCUCAGUCCUGGAAAAGCAAGAUAUAUUAGAUGUCAUAAGAGAUUGGAUGAGCCAAUGAAGAGAAGAUUAGAAUACAAUGAUAUGGCCGGCAUUCAAUUGAGCAAGAACUACAAUUCUUGCGUCGUUGAGGCAGGAGGGCACAAAAUGAUGGUUUCUAUUAUGUCAUGGACGUUGACAAUGAAACCAGACUACGCAAUGUAUUUUGGGUGGAUGCACGUACGUAGUAGAGCUGCAUACAAGUCGUUUGGUGAUGUUAUAACUUUCGAUACGGCGUACUUGACCAAUGCAUACAAAAUGCCAUUCGCUCCUUUUGUGGACGUUAAUCAUCAUGAAGCCAUUAUAACAGACCAAGAUAAAGCUAUGCGAAAUGCAAUUGCUAAGGUGUUCCCUAAAUCUCGACACCGGUUUUGCUUGUGGCAUAUAAUGAAAAAAGUUCCCGAGAAAUUUAGAUCACACAGUCAAUAUGAUGGCAUCAAAAGUCAGCUACACAGGUGUGUUUAUGACACAUUGACUCCUGAUGAAUUUGAGUGCUGUUGGCUACAAUUUCUUGAUAAUUUUGAUCUACAUGAUAAUCCUUGGCUUGAAUGGCUAUAUUCUAAGCGUCAUCUUUGGGUGCUAGUGAUUGAACUGAAAUAUUGCAUGUUUUAG